UUUUUUCUUGGGGAACUAGUAUUAGCGUUGCAAAUGCCUUAUCCAUUCCAUUAAAUAAUGAUCUCUUCCCUACUAUUGGAAUGCAGACUGCUGAUGAAAUGAUUGACGCUAAUUUUGGUCAAAAACCUUUUUUAUUUGAUAUGCGUUCAGAACUAAAAAUGGCUGAAAAAGCAACCAUGGAUAAUAUUAAUGCUAUAGAAUUGCCUGCAGAAAAAGUUUUGUGGAUGAACAGUCUUGUUUCAAAUUGGAUGGCUCAUGAAGGAUAUUCUCGCGCCUUAGACGCUUUAAAUCGUGCAACAGGAGGUGGAACUAGAGGGGAACUUUCACAACAACUGGCUAAAAGCGAUUCUCAAGGUUCAACAAUAACUUUUGAUUCCAAAGAUUCUCAAUCACCAACAGUUGCAGCAGAAAAAGUUGCCGAAGUUGUAAUGAAUUCAAUGAUUGGAUUAUUGGGUGGAAAUGGAGGGGAGAAUUCUUCUUCUACACAACCACAAGGAGGAGGAGGGGGAGGAAAUGUUAGACGUUCAGUGGUCCGUUCAGUUCAGGAAGCUCUUUUUGAAGAAAUGGAACAACGCAGAAUUCUUGUUCGUAUGGUUAAAAAGGGACAAUUGGCUGAUGCUAUUGAUAAAAUUGAGCAAUUAUUUCCUUCUUUGUUUGAAACAAAUCGACAACUUGCAUUAUUAAUUAAAACACAGCAUUUUAUUGAAAUGUAUAAAGAAAUUACUAAAGAAUUACCUCCAUUACCUCAAGAACAGCAACAAUCAAAUAAUUUAAAUGAAAAUAAUUCACUUUCAACUAAACAACAAUUUAAUAAUAAUAAUAAUUUAUCCUCCCCAUCUCCACGUCCUUCAAGUAGUAGAGGGGGAAAAAGAAGUGCUUCUGCUGUAGAUGAUGAUGAUGAUUUUACAAUGAUUCCGAGUUCUUCUAAUGAUGAAGGGAAGAAUUUGAAUUCUGCUACAGAUUUGCAUAAUCCUGUUAAACGACGUUCGAGUAAUGAAGAUAAUGAACAUACAAAUUCUUCACAACAACAAAAUGGCAAUUCAACAAAUAAUUUUCCAAAACGUGAUGACUUUAUGGAAAUAAGUGAAGAAAGUCGUGAUGGUGUAAGUUCUUCCUCUAUUUGUGCUACAACAUUGGAAGCUAUGUCUAAUGGGGAUGGGCGUUCAAAUGGGUGUUCUUUGCUUGUUGGAACACCCCCAACAAGCACAACAAUUAUUAAAGAGGAAGAUUCGAGUGAAUUUGUUUCUGGAAAUGAAGAUGAAUUGGAGCUUACCUUAGAUGGGUUUAAAAUGGAAGUUGAAUGUGAAGAUGCUAAGGACGAAUUAACAGAAUAUGGAGGUUUUUCAACUAUGGAAGAACAAAAACAAUUUAUUCGUUAUGCCCCACUUUUGGAAUAUGGACAAGAAAUUUCACGUUUUGCAAUGAAAAUGGAUAAUAUUAGCAAUGUUGGAGUAGAAGAUGGGCAAAGUGUUCAAAGUUGUGCAGCACUUAGGCACAGAAUGAAUGCUGCUUUCUCACUUUUAUGUUACCGUGAUCCUAGUCAUUCAACCAAUUUUUAUUUACUUGAACAAACUCAACGUGAUAUUGUAGCUAAAGCACUUAAUGCUGCAAUUAUUGAAUCCCACGGCAAAGAUGGUACCUCACCUUUAGAAAAAUGCCUUAACCGCGCCCGUUUUAUACGUGAACAGGCGCUGACAUAUUCUGCUUCUGCAGUUUUUACUGAUGCUAAUCGCCUUUUAUUUGGUGAAGGAGAAGGUUGUUUGGAUACCUGUGGCAAUAACGAAAAAACUGAAGUUCAUCAAGAAGAAGGAAUUGACGUAAUAAAAGCUCCUUUUACACAUUUACCAAAAACGCCACAACGUUUGAAGGAGACAAAAAAGAAUUUAUAA